AUCCACGCCUGCCAAAAAUAUAUACUCGUAAAUAAUUUCACUCGCCUGUGCAGCACCCCCUCUCCCCUUCGCUCGCUGCCGUUCUUCUCUCCCCUCCACCCGCCGCCGCCGUCGCUGUCGCUGCCGUAUUCUCCGCCCCAUCCGAUGGCUUCUGCUAGGUUUGGUGCUGUCCCGCAGAUGGAGGACCGUGGAGCGUUUGGGACCAAGAGGUCGCGCAAUGAAGUGUCCGUAAGGGAGGGGGACUGGAAUUGUCUUCAGUGUGGUAAUGUCAACUUCAGUUUUAGAAAUGUUUGCAACCGUGGAGCCUGCCGUGCACCUCGUCCAUCACCGAGUCCAAGCCCAAGAAUGAUGUCAGCGCCUGCUGGUGGUGGAUAUGAUCGAUCACCUCUAUUUUAUGGUAGCAUUGGUGCCCCCUCGUCUCACAUUCCUCUUGGAUCAACUAGCUAUGGUGCUCCAUAUCCGCAUGUUGGAAUGCGGUAUGGUUAUGGUCCACCAGUAGGGCCUCAUGGCUCAUAUGGUCUCAUUUCUUCUUAUGGCCAACCUGGUCCAGUGGGGGGGAUGGGUUAUGCCCAUGGACCUGAGUUGGAUCGAUGCGGCUAUGGAUAUAGAGGAUCUCCAAUGCCGGUUUCUAGCCCAUGGCCUGAUGGAGCAUUAGUGGAAAAUAAUGACAACACUGCUUCACGAAAGCGCCGUGGAGGCCCAAAUGGACUGUCUGAGGGUGACUGGGAAUGCCCCAAGUGUGGUAAUGUAAAUUUUGCCUUCAGAAACACUUGCAACAUGAAGAAAUGUGAAGAACCAAGGCCGACUCUUGGAACUAAUUCAAGGUCGUCUCGCAAAGACAAAGAUGCCCCGGAAGGGAGCUGGACCUGUCCGGAGUGCAAUAACCUGAACUACCCCUUCCGCACAGUGUGCAAUCGGAAAGGGUGCUCAUAUAGUAAGCCAGACUCAAGCAGUAAGCCAGACUCAAGCAACUAGUGCCACCUCUCAACCGCGAUGAAAGCAUUGUUGUAUCCUAGCUAUACGAGUCUGUAAACUGACUACACAUUUAGUAAGCCAGACUCAAGCAACUAGUGCCACCUCUCAACCGCGAUGAAAGCAUUGUUGUAUCCUAGCUAUACAAGUCUGUAAACUGACUGCACAAAUGUGUUUUCUGUGGACUGGAUUCUGCUCCCUGUGAACAAGCAUUCAUUUGCGUUGAAGCAAAUUUCUUUGAAAACUACAAUUCAUGUGA